CCACCGUCCAGGGUACCAAACGGCAACCCUACUUUUUCACUACAAUCCUCACCUCGCAUCAGCAGCUGCACCGGCGUCCGAUUCAGCAGAUACAAGAACCCCGCCGCGCGCGCCCACCGGAGGAGCGUCGCCGUAGCAGCGGACAUGUCGGCUGCCGGCGACAGCUGGGAUCUGCAGAAGCUCGCGCCGCUAGAGGCCAUCCUGUUCGACAUCGACGGCACCCUCUGCGACUCGGACCCCUUCCACUUCCUCGCCUUCCGCGACCUGCUGCAGCAGGUUGGCUUCAAUGGCGGGGUUCCCAUCACCGAGGAGUUCUACAGCGCCAACAUCAGCGGAUGGCACAACGAUGCCCUCGCCAGCAAGCUGUUCCCGGAGCUCGACCACGACAAGGCCAUGGAGUUCAUGGACCAGAAGGAAGCACUCUUCAGAAAGUUGGCAGCAAGAGAGCUCAAAGGACUAGACGGCCUGCAGGAUCUGUGUAAAUGGAUUGAAGACCGCAACCUGAAGCGCGCGGCAGUGACGAACGCCCCAAGAGCGAACGGCGAGCUUGUGCUGUCGCUCCUCGGGCUCACCACCUUCUUCCCUGUGCUCGUCAUCGGGAGCGAGUGCGAGAGAGCCAAGCCGUCCCCGGACCCCUAUCUCAAGGCCCUCGAGCUCAUCGGUGCUUCUCCUGAUCACACCUUCAUAUUUGAGGACUCUGCGUCGGGGAUCCGGGCUGGCGUCGCUGCUGGCGUGGCCGUGGUUGGCCUGACCACGGGGAACCCGGAGAAGGUGCUGAGGGAUGCGGGGGCGAGCUUACUGAUCGAGGAUUUCCGGGACCCGAAGCUGCUGGACAUGCUUCAGGUGCUGGAUCGUGCAGCUGCAGAGAAGUAAGGUUGAUUAGCUGAUGUUAACGCUUACGGCUUACUGGGCACUAGCGAGUUAGCAAACAGUGCUCCUGAUUUUUCAUAGUCUCAUACAUGAACUUGAAUAAUCGAGCAGUAUUUAUCUUG